AUGUGCUUACUUGGACCAUGUCAGGUUUCAGCCUCCCCCACCUUUGUUCAGAGUGUCUUCGAGAUCAGCCAGGAGAUUGACGACUUGGCUUUUGUAGAGCUUGGAAUCUCGAAGUCGGUAAUCCGGAGACUUGCGCUUGUGGGGCUUCUGUUGCGCUCCAAGACUGCCUGCCUACAGUCUGAGGUGGUCGCGCCCAUUUUCAGUAGCAUGGAGAGGAAGGAGAAGGAAGAUCAAAAGCACGUCAAGCUGCUGGCCGACAUCGACAGACACAGCACAUACCUGGAACAACUCAUGUCUGGGGUCCUGGAGGCCGAGGCAGAAGGUGCGACGGAAAUCAAAGCAGUCGACAUUAGCGGCUGGGAAUCAGCGCGGCGGUCGGCGAAGAGUCUCUAUUGCGCAAUCUGCACCGGCUGGCUCU